AUAGUGUACAUGUCUGUGACUAGAUUUCAUAUGUCUCCUGUCUCUCUUCAGCUGACCGAUGCAUUCAGAACAUCUACAGGAAGUUACAUCAGUCUCCUGCAAGUGAGGGGAAGUACCUUAGAGUCCUGGCUAGCCUCCUCAUGCUGGACAAGCUGUCCAUUGAAGACAUCAAGGCCAGCGUGACUGAACUAAUGGCCGGAGGGGUUGACACUACUUCCAUUACCCUGCUGUGGACCAUGUAUGAACUUGCCAGAUACCCAGACCUACAGGAACAGCUGCAGGCUGAGGUUCAGGAUGCCUGGGCCUCUUCACAGGGGGACAUGACCAAGAUGUUAAAGUCAAUUCCUUUAGUUAAAGGAGCCAUAAAGGAGACGCUGAGGCUGCACCCAGUUGCUGUGAGCUUGCAAAGAUAUAUAACUGAGGAUGUUGUGAUCCAAAACCCCCACAUUCCAUCAGGGACUCUGGUGCAGCUAGGGCUCUACGCUAUGGGGCGGAAUCAACAGAUUUUCCCCAGACCUCUGCAAUACAACCCCGCCCGCUGGCUCAAAGGGGAGAACCACUAUUUCAAAAGCCUUAGCUUUGGGUUUGGUCCUCGGCAGUGCCUGGGCCACAGGAUUGCAGAGACUGAGAUGCAGCUCUUCCUCAUUCACGUGAGUGCACAGUCCUGCAGGUAAUGGUAGAUAGCCCUCAGCUCU